AAAAAUUAAAAAAGAAAAGGAACAAAAUACCUUUGCAAGUCAGAAAAGUUCAUUCAACCUAACCAAAAAGAGAAGAAUUAUUUUAACCCCGGUCAAAAUCUAACCUAAAAAGUCAAAAUGGCGCUUUCAACUCUUCUUUCGCUGGUGGACGAACUCCAGGAGCCCCGCAGCCCCAUGUACGAAUUUGGAUUGGGAAUGCAUCCCCGCUACCUGCAGCCACAUGGCAACGAGCGUCGCCGUUCGAUCAACGGAUGUCCCUGCGCCUCGCCCAUUUGCCCCUCGUCGCCCGCCGGCCAGGUGAUGGCCCUUCGUCGCGAGAUGUCGCGGCACAACGACAUCCACUGGCCAGCCACCGCUCAGGUGGGCAAGGAUGGCUUCCAGGUGUGCAUGGACGUGGCCCAGUUCAAGCCGAACGAACUCAACGUCAAGGUGGUGGACGACUCCAUUUUGGUCGAGGGCAAGCAUGAGGAGCGCCAGGACGAUCAUGGCCAUAUUAUGCGGCACUUUGUCCGUCGCUACAAGGUUCCUGAGGGCUAUAAGCCCGAGCAGGUCGUCUCGCAGCUAUCCUCCGAUGGCGUGCUCACCGUCAGCAUUCCCAAGCCACAGGCCAUCGAGGACAAGUCCAAGGAGCGCAUCAUCCAGAUCCAGCAAGUGGGUCCCGCCCAUCUCAACGUCAAGCCGAAUGCCAGCGAGCUGAAGGGCAAGGAGAACGGAGCCACCAACGGCAGCGCCAAGUAGAGCUGAUUUGGAGUUGGUCAACAUCCCCAUUGUAUUCCCGAAUCAACUCUAUAUUGUAAUCCCCCGAAAUCAUCCAUCAUUCCCCCGCAUUUAUGUUCCUUAUUUAUUGCAUUGCAUUUGAAACGAGCUAAAGACUUGAGAAAUAACUUAUUAAAUCAUUUGUACACCUGGUGUGGAAAAUUUAAA